GAUGAGAAGAACCAGCUAAUGACCACUAAUGUCUGGCUCUGGCAGGAGUGGGUGGAUGUGAAGCUGCGUUGGAACCCCGAUGACUACGGGGGGGUCACGACCAUCAGAGUGCCUUCGGAGAGCCUCUGGCUGCCCGACAUCGUGCUCUACGAGAAUGCGGACGGCCGCUUCGUGGGCUCCCUGAUGACCAAAGCCAAGGUGCGCUCCGACGGCACCAUCACCUGGAAGCCCCCGGCCAGCUACAAGUCGUCCUGCACCAUGGACGUCACCUUCUUCCCCUUCGACCGGCAGAACUGCUCCAUGAAGUUCGGCUCGUGGACGUACGACGGCAACAUGGUGGACCUGGAGCUGGUGGACGACUUCGUGGACCGCAAGGACUUCUUCGACAACGGCGAGUGGCAGAUCCUGAACGCCACGGGGAAAAAGGGGAGCCGGCGCGACGGCGUGUACUGGUACCCCUUCGUCACCUACAACUUCAUCAUGAAGCGCCUGCCCCUCUUCUACACGCUCUUCCUCAUCAUCCCCUGCCUGGGCCUGUCCUUCCUCACGGUGCUGGUGUUCUACCUGCCGUCGGACGAGGGUGAGAAGCUGUCGCUGUCCACCUCCGUGCUGGUGUCGCUCACCGUGUUCCUGCUCGUCAUCGAGGAGAUCAUCCCCUCGUCCUCCAAGGUCAUCCCGUUGAUCGGGGAGUACCUCCUCUUCAUCAUGAUCUUCGUCACCUUCUCCAUCAUCGUCACGGUCUUCGUCAUCAACGUGCACCACCGCUCCUCGGCCACCUACCACCCCAUGGCCCCCUGGGUGAAGACCCUCUUCCUUCAGAGGCUCCCCAGGAUGCUGUGCAUGCGGGGCCACACCGACAGGUUCCACUACUCGGAGUUCGAGCAGCAGAACCCGGAGCCCAAGCCCCGCGGGGGUCUGGGCAUGAAGCAGAGGGGCCCGGACGGCAAGGAAGAGGAGAGCCAGGCGUGGCUGUCCAUGCUGGAGAAGGCCACCAACUCGGUGCGCUACAUCAGCCGGCACAUCAAGAAGGAGCACUUUAUCAGAGAGGUGGUCCAAGACUGGAAGUUUGUGGCUCAGGUCCUGGAUCGUAUCUUCCUCUGGGUGUUCCUGUCCGUCUCCAUCCUUGGGACCAUCCUCAUCUUCACCCCGGCCCUCACCUUGUACUUCAGCACCCCCCCCUGA